CGGCUAUUCCCUUCGGAUGCGGAGUGGGAAACCUGUAGGAAAUUCUCCCGCCUCCCUACGAAGCCACCAUGAAUUCAGUGGCUGGAAAUAAGGAGAGGAUUGCGGUCACGGCUCGGAGCAGAAAAUACGGGGUGACCGACCCCUGCUCCCCCACCAAGCCCGCCGCUCCCUUCUCCCCCGAGAGCUGGUACCGGAAGGCGUAUGAGGAGUCCCGGGCGGGCAGUCGCCCGGCGCCGGAGGGAGCCGGCUCUGCCCUGGGCUCCUCCGGCACCCCAUCCCCAGGCUCCGGCACAUCCUCGCCGGGCUCCUUCACCGGCUCGCCGGGACCCGCCUCGCCCGGCAUCGGCACCAGCUCCCCCGGCUCGCUGGGCGGCUCGCCGGGCUUCGGCACCGGCUCGCCGGGCUCCGGCAGCGGCGGCGGCUCCUCGCCGGGCUCGGACCGCGGCGUCUGGUGCGAGCACUGCAACGCCCGCCUGGCGGAGCUGAAGAGGCAGGCGCUGAAGCUCCUCAUCCCCGGGCCCGUCAGCAGCAAGGACCUGGGUUUCUCUUCAGUGAUUCAUGAGAAGCUUCAAGUUCCCAAUACCAUUCGUAAGGCAUGGAACGAGAAGGACAACAGAUGUGAUGUUUGUGCCACACACCUGAACCAAUUGAAGCAAGAGGCCAUUCAGAUGGUGCUGACCUUAGAGCAAGCUGCCAACUCAGAACAUUACGAUGCCUCUCCAGGCUCUCCCCCACCUCUCUCCAAUAUCCCCACGUUAGUGAGUCCCCGGCACAUGGGCAGCCUGCAGCCCAGGGACUGGGCGUACAUGCCUUCUCCUUACGCUACAUCUAACUAUACAGGCUUUGUUGCCAACAAACACAGUGGAAAACCCAACAGUUUAGGAAUCGUCAACGGGGUGGAGAAAAAAAAUGGCUCUCCUGGACACCAAGCUAAGGUCAGCUUUCAAAUGGCCACCAGCCCCAGCAAUGGUAAUGUUCUCAACUCUGUGGCCAUCCAGGCCCAUCAGUACCUUGAUGGCACUUGGUCUUUGUCAAGAACGAAUGGAGUCACUCUAUAUCCCUACCAAAUAUCUCAGCUUAUGACAGAGACUAGUCGAGAGGGCCUGACUGAAGCAGCAUUGAACCGCUACAAUGCAGAUAAACCCUCCCUGUACAGCUUCCCUGCUUCCCAGAGCACAUAUGUUGCCAGUGAAGUAUCCACAGGCACCUCAGUGGCAGCAUCAUUUUUUGCCAGAGCUGCUCAGAAAUUGAACCUGUCUUCCAAAAAGAAGAAGCACAGGCCUUCUGCAUCGUCUGUUCCUGAAUCUCCUCUCUUCUCUACCUGCUUCAGCAGUAUUCUUCAGACUUCCCCACCACCUGCACCACCAUGUUUGUUGAGGGCAGUCAGCAAAGUGAAAGACACCCCUGGUUUGGGCAAGGUCAAAGUCAUGGUGCGCAUUUCUUCCACACUUGCCAGAGAUACAUCUGAAUCCAGCUCUUUCUUAAAAGUUGACCCUCGUAAGAAGCAAAUCACGCUCUAUGACCCACUGGCCUGCGGAGGUCAGAAUGCUUUCCAGAAAAGGGGAAACCAGGUUCCACCCAAGAUGUUUGCUUUUGAUGCAGUUUUCCCCCAAGAUGCAUCACAGGCUGAAGUAUGUGCUGGGACUGUGGCUGAGGUGAUCCAGUCUGUGGUCAAUGGGGCAGAUGGCUGCGUGUUCUGCUUUGGUCAUGCCAAGCUUGGGAAGUCAUACACCAUGAUUGGGAAGGAUGAUUCCAUGCAAAACCUUGGCAUAAUUCCUUGUGCCAUCUCAUGGCUCUUCAAGUUGAUUAAUGAACGGAAAGAGAAGACAGGAGCCCGCUUCUCAGUCCGAAUUUCUGCAGUGGAAGUGUGGGGGAAAGAAGAAAAUCUGAGGGACCUGUUGUCAGAAGUGGCUACAGGCAGCCUGCAAGAUGGUCAGUCCCCAGGUGUCUACCUUUGUGAAGACCCCAUUUGUGGCAUGCAGCUUCAGAAUCAGAGUGAGCUCCGUGCCCCUACGGCAGAGAAGGCUGCCUUCUUCCUGGAUGCUGCCAUUGCCUCACGCCGGAGCAGCCAGCGGGACUGUGAUGAGGAGGAUCACCGCAACUCCCACAUGCUCUUCACUCUGCACAUCUACCAGUAUCGCAUGGAGAAGAGCGGCAAAGGCGGAAUGUCUGGAGGUCGCAGCCGUUUGCACCUUAUCGACCUGGGCAGCUGCGUGAAAGUACUCAGCAAAAACCGUGAGGGAAGCUCUGGCCUCUGUCUCUCAUUGCCAGCGCUGGGCAAUGUCAUCCUUGCCCUUGUCAAUGGAAGCAAACACAUCCCAUACAAAGACAGCAAGCUCACCAUGUUGCUUCGAGAGUCCUUGGGGAAUAUGAACUGCCGCACCACAAUGAUAGCUCACAUUUCAGCUACUGCAGGGAACUAUGCUGAGACACUGUCUACCAUCCAGAUUGCAUCACGGGUCCUAAGGAUGAAGAAAAAGAAAACUAAGUACACAUCAAGUUCUUCUGGAGGAGAAAGCUCUUGUGAGGAGGGCAGGAUGCGGAGGCCAACCCAGCUGAGACCUUUCCAUUCUAGAAACACUGUUGACCCAGACUUUCCUAUUUUGCAUUUAUCAAGUGAUCCUGAUUAUUCAUCCAGCAGUGAGCAGUCAUGUGAUACGGUGAUUUAUGUUGGUCCCAAUGGCACUGCCCUUUCUGAUAAGGAACUGACAGAUAAUGAGGGUCCCCCUGACUUUGUUCCCAUAGUUCCUGCUCUGCAAAAGACCAAAAACGAGGGCAGGUUGGAGGAAAUUAGUGAAUCAGGACCCAGCACAUCUGAAAGAGACUGCCUGAAGUGCAACACUUUUGCAGAGCUCCAGGAGAGGCUGGAUUGCAUAGAUGGCAGUGAAGAGACUGACAAAUUUCCCUUUGAAGAGAUGCCUGCUCAAUUUAGCUCAGACCAGAUGUCUAAGUGCUCUGUCUCAAGCCAGCUGGCAGAACUUAGCCACUUACCAGAGUCAGAUAAGGAAGAUACGAUGCCAGAAUGUCAGCAUCCUGAUAGAGAAGCCAAGGAAAAUAUAAAUGCAACACCCAGCAAAACUAAGAGAAAUCACUCCCCUGUUCCUUCUGGAGCUCUUACUAAUCUUUCAACUCCUUCUUCUCCCAGGAGUGUAACAGGCAGCUCUAGUAAAGAGCUUAGCUCUUGUCAGUUAGCACACAGCACCAGCUUGCAGAGUAGCAGAGAAGGGCUCAACACCUGUGGAUUUGUGGAAGGCAAGCCUCGGCCAAUGGGUUCACCCCGGCUUGGCAUUGCAAGCCUCUCAAAGACAUCUGAGUAUAAGCCACCAACUUCUCCUUCCCAGAGGUGCAAGGUCUAUACUCAGAAAGGAGUCCUGCCCAGCUCCACUCCCCCACCAGCUCCCCUGAGUAAGGAUGCUGGGAUGACAUCUAGUGAAUCUUUAUUACAACCAGAAAUUCGGACCCCACCUGUAGGCAUGAGCCCUCAGAUUAUGAAGAAGUCGGUGUCCUCCAGCAAUGGAGAUUCUGAAGAGACUGUUCUCAAUGAAGAUCAGCAGCAAAGCAUUUCUCCAGAAUCCAAGAAGGAGAUUCUGAGCACCACCAUGGUGACUGUUCAGCAACCUUUGGAGCUGAAUGGAGAGGACGAGCUGGUGUUCACUCUUGUAGAAGAGCUAACCAUUAGUGGGGUCCUUGACAAUGGGCGCCCAACCAGUAUCAUCAGUUUUAACAGUGACUGCUCAGUGCAGGCUUUGGCCUCUGGGUCUAGACCAGUCAGUAUUAUCAGCAGCAUAUCUGAAGAUCUUGAAUGUUACUCCAGUGCAGCUCCUGUGUCUGAAGUCAGCAUCACACAGUUCCUUCCACUUCCAAAGCUGAGUCUAGAUGACAAAUCCCAAGAUGAUGGCAGCAGGCGCUCAUCCAUCAGCUCAUGGUUGAGUGAAAUGAGCACAGGGAGUGAUGGUGAACAGUCGUGCCAUAGCUUCAUAGCCCAGGCAUGCUAUGGGCAUGGGGAAGCUAUGGCAGAACCCCCUGUCUCCGAGUUUGCAAGCACCAUACAAAGUGCCAGCAUGAUUUGUGUAAGUGAUAAACAGAAGUCAGUGGCUGACAACAUGCUUAUACUGUCGGAAAUGGGGGAGGAAGCUUUCGGCAAAGUGCCACCCAUCAAAGGCUGUAAAAUAUCAGCUCUAGGAAAAACUACUGUCACAAUCAAAAACACCACAAGCCUUAGCAGCUGUGAAGGCUAUAUCCCAAUGAAGACAAACAUUACUGUGUACCCAUGUAUUGCUGUUAAUCCCUUCAAAACACAAGACACUGAUGAUGCUGUACCGGCAGUAACUGUAGACCCAAAGGUUACUCAUCCCCAUGACAGGAAAGAAUCUAGUGCUAAGAAGGAUAUCAAAUUUGAAGACCCUUGGCUGAAGAGAGAAGAUGAUGUUAAAAAGGACAGCUCUGAGAGCAGCGAUGGGCCAAGGCCUGACACAGCUGUGGUUUCAGCCAAGCCCGAGCACAGCACAAAGCAGUCCUCAGUGGACAGGUUUAGCACCAGCAGUGGGGAUGCUUCUAUUUCGCCAGGAUCUGACAGUCUAAAAAGGAUUGUGGAUGGGUGUGAGGUGGCAGCAUCUAGCUCUGCAACCCAAAGUCCUGUUCAUUCCAGUGAUGGCUUGAAGAAUUUUAGCCUCCCUCGAGGCCUCCCGAAGGCAAGCAAGGUGGAGGAGUCUGACAGUCAUCUCCAUCCUACGGCCACUGACAGCAGUGGAGUCAGUUCUCCUGCCCUCCUCCUGUUUUCUAAGGCUAGUCUUGACAAGAAAAUGGUGUCUCCCAAACACUGCAUCCUCACUCGUCCCAAAGGGACCCCUCCUCUGCCACCAGUGAGAAAGUCAAGCUUGGAUCAGAAGAACAGAGCCAGCCCCCAGCACAGUGCAGCCAGCAGCACCACGAGCAGUCCCUCCAGCCAGCCUGUGUCCUUCCUGGCCAGCUUCCCUGAGGAGCUGAAUGCCAAACAAAAGGGCCCUGGAAUUGAUAGCAGUGUCAACAACAGCAGCAGCAAGCUCUUCAGUGCCAAACUGGAGCAGCUUGCCAGCAGGACCAACUCCCUUGGGAGGUCCACAGGAAGCCACUAUGAGUGUUUGUCACUGGAAAGAGCAGAAAGCCUGUCGUCUGUGAGCUCCAAGAUGAGCCCUGGCAGAGACACCACAAUGCCCAGGGCUGGAAGGAGCCUCAGCCGCAGUGCCAUGUCCUCACCCACCAACUCGGGCCUCUCCCAGUCAGCAGGUGCUUCCCCAAAAGCCAGCCAGUCAAAGAUCUCUGCAGUCAGCAAGCUCCUGCUGGCAAGUCCCAAGGCCCGCAGCCUGUCUGCCUCUGCCACCAAAACGCUCAGCUUCUCCACCAAAUCUCUGCCUCAGUCCGUAGGGCAGAGCUCCAGUUUGCCCCCAAGUGGGAAGAACAUGUCCUGGUCAAUGCAGUCCCUCAGCAGAAGCCGGGGCUCCAGCCUUGCUUCCAAAUUGCCUCUUCGGGCUGUCAAUGGGCGGAUUUCAGAGCUGCUCCAAGGGAGUGCCAGUGCCAGAGGCUUACAGCUGCAGGGAAGCUCAGAGGCAGAUGAGCGUGGGGGCCUUCCCGGAGAUGAGAAGCCAGCUGUUCACAUGCUGCCUUCACCUUACAGCAAGAUCACCCCUCCUCGGAAACCUCACCGCUGCAGCAGUGGCCAUGGGAGCGACAACAGCAGUGUCCUGAGUGGGGAGCUGCCCCCUGCCAUGGGGAAAACAGCCCUCUUCUACCACAGCGGGGGGAGCAGUGGCUAUGAGAGCAUGAUGAGGGACAGCGAGGCGACAGGGAGUGCCUCAUCAGCUCAAGACUCCAUGAGCGAGAACAGUAGCUCUGCGAGCGGCAGGUGCCGAAGUCUCAAAAAUCCAAAGAAACGAUCAAAUGCAGGUUCACAGAGACGGAGGCUUAUUCCGGCUUUAUCACUGGAUACCACUUCCCCAGCAAGGAAGCCUGCCAACAGCCCCGGGGUCCGCUGGGUGGAUGGGCCACUGCGAAGUGGGCAGAGGGGCCUGGGGGAGCCCUUUGAGAUCAAAGUCUAUGAGAUAGAUGAUGUGGAGAGGCUCCAGCGACGGCGAGGUGGGGACAGCAAGGAGGUGAUAUGUUUUAAUGCCAAGCUGAAAAUCCUGGAGCAUCGCCAGCAGAGAAUUGCUGAGGUCAAGGCCAAGUACGAAUGGUUAAUGAGAGAACUGGAGGUGACAAAACAGUACCUGAUGCUGGAUCCUAAUAAAUGGCUUAGUGAAUUUGAUCUGGAGCAGGUAUUUGAGCUGGAUUCUCUGGAAUACCUGGAGGCCCUGGAAUGUGUGACUGAGCGUUUGGAAAACCGUGUCAACUUCUGCAAGGCCCAUCUUAUGAUGAUCACCUGUUUUGACAUCACCUCUAGACGCCGAUAAAGUAUGAACCUCAAGAGAAUUUCAAUGUGCAUCUCUGCCAUCCUCCUUUUCCCUUCCAAGUAGCAUCCCAAAGACAAAAGAAUGAGGAUGAAGGUUGGAGUCAAGUCUCAACUGUGUGUAUGAGAGAUUUGCUAUACUAUACAGAGGUCUUGUAUUAGAAAAAAACGGGACAAGCAUGAAAAAUGGAGAUAUAAGGUUGUUGAUUCUCUUAGCCUAAAAGAGCACUUUGAGGAACCUAUAAGGAUAUGUCUGUAAAUAAGAACUGCUGGCAGAAGACACUUCUUUCCCUGCAUUAGCUGAGGAAGGAGAAAAGGUGGUUGUAGGACUUCCACUGAGAGGUUCAUUAAAAGAAAACCUAUCCAGAAAAACUGUUUAAGUGCCUUGCAAAUCUUUAUUAUCCAAACAUUUAUGUUCAUACUUUAUUGUGUACAGAUGGUGCUAGUCAAGAAAAGAAAAAGGAAAAAAAACAAAUACACUUUUGAAAUGUAUUUACAGCUUGUUUUUCUCUUGGUGUUUUCUCCUAUUUCAGACUUGCUGUUUCUAGGUAACUUGUGUUUGUAGAGAUAUUUCCUAAUCAGUACAACAUAUGAAUAAAUGUUAACUGUCUUUUCUUGUUACCAGAGUAAGGCCACUCAAAGAGAAAUUCAGCUUUCCCAGAUGACACAAAAGUAUUUCUAGCAGAGAGUAAGAUUUGCUUAUAUGUCUUCUGUACUCUCUUAUAUGCUGGAGAACAUAGUAAUUUUCCCAGCCUGUAGGUUUUGCAAUGUAUGAGAGAGGAGAAGUGACAUUACUGUGAAGUAAACAUCUUUUCAGUUUGAUCCAACCCCCCCAGCUUGUUUUCUUUUUCAUAUUUUUUUUGCUUUGUACUGGCUGGAGUUAUAAAUGAGGAGGUACUUUUAUCCUAACCCCUUUUUCUGGUGCUAAUAACUUGCUGAAAAAUUAUCCUUCAGGCUAAAUAUUCCAACAGUUAUCAGUCCAAAAAUGAGUGAUUAUUCUGUGAUUUCUUUCUUCAGGCUCUGACUGAUAAAAUUUACCUUCACCUCUUUAUGACAUAUACCACUGCAAAACGUGUUUUGGCAGCUUUGGAUCCCUGGCCCAGUGUGUCCAUAGUCACAGACAUACCUGAGAAGCUCAGGCUCUACUUAGCUUAGUAUAUCUGGAAAUAAAGUAAAUGAGUAGAUAUAGCACUUCAAGUAUGUUGGCUAUGGCAUCUGCUUCACUAAUCCUCCAGUACGUGAAGCCAUGGCAAAAUUCACAUUGACGUCAAAAGGACAGGGGCCUGUGCCUCAAUGCACAUCCAAAUGUUUUACUAGUUUGCCUCUUUAUCUACAAAAGAGUAAGUGGGAAGGAAAAUCCUUUGUGUUUUAUAAAAAAAUGUUCAAAAUCUGCAUUUUAAUUACAUAUGGGCAUGAAGCAUUAUUUUGUUGAAUUAGGUUUCUUAUUCCUCUGUACUGAAAUAAGCCUAUACACAGAAAUUCCUCUUUCACAUACACUUGUGCUACCCUCCUGUUGCUUGUGAGGAAAUAAGAGCCUCAUUUAAUAUAUACUCAAAAUGCAUCUACUACUGUACUUACGUGCAACUUUUCUUUUACCUGCAACAUCAUAUUAAUGCUAUCUUACAAUAUCCCAAGCAACAAGUUCCAGUGGAAAAAUAAUACUGAUAGAUUUUCUAGUGGUUAGGUGAAAAAAAAAAAAGCUUUUUUAAAAAAUAGAAAUAACAUUUUUAUAGUUUUAUUUUUAUUUAGUAAUAACAAAUCUUAUUAAUUCUAUUACCCUUGUCACUGGAUUUUGUAGAAGAUUCUUCUUACAGUCUAUAAAAGGGGAAAAAAGGUCCUACAUGUAACUCAGUUUCUACUCUGUUCCACACCAAUUUCCUAUCAUGAAACUUUUAUUCCAAGUAAGAAUUAAAGACAUAUCCCCUUCUCUCUCAAAGGAAAAAACCACCACCACCACCAAAAACUCAAAACCAAACCAAACCAAAAAAAAAAAAAAACAGCUGCAGAGAGCCAAGGAAAUCGCCCCUACACACAGUCUGGGACUUAUACAGGAGUGGUGAUGUUUCUAUAAAUCGAGUGGACACAUUUCAGAGGUAUUGUAAAAUAUCGAUUGCAUGUAAUAUUCCACAUCAUCAUUAACUCAAUUAUUCAUUGACUCUAGAUUUGGUACUUCUGUAGAUUGGGAUGCAUAGAAAGCAGCAUGUCUACCUAGCUAUUACUUAAAACAGUAAGAGCAUAUGUUCGCUCUGUUUACCAUGAUGGACCAAAAUUGAUUCCUGAAACCAAAUGGAUUAUGCCAAGGAUGAAUUUUGCGUACUGAAAAUUAUGUACUAAUUAGCAGAAUCAUAGUACUUACAAAUAUUUUAUUUCUGAGGACCUGAUUAAAGGGACCAUUAACACUCCCGUUAUAUACUAGUAUUCAUAUCCUAAAAUCCAUACUCAUCUUCUCUUUCUUGACUUUCUGUCAUUGCAAUUCAGAAUUUGCCACUAUGUUUUUAAGAAUUGUGAUGGCUUAAUGGAAAAAGAGGAAUGAAAAAUUUGUGGAGAUUUGAACACUAUAAAAUGUUUUCUUCUCAAAAAUAGCUUUUUACUUCAGUAUUUAUAUUAUUAUAUUUCAAAUAUCUGCAAAAGAGGUAAUUAAAAGCAUCAAGACCUUAUUAUGCAAUGGAUCUUAGUCUGCAGUAGUCAGCAUUUUACAGAAGACCCAUACACUUCUGCAAGUCAUCCAGGAAGUCCCAUUAUUUAAGGAAUUGCCAGCAUAAUGCUGUUUUUAUGUUGAUUUUUUAAAAGGCAUCAUGUUGCCUAAAAUACACAAGGAACAACAUGAAUGUAAUGCUUAAUCAUUUGCACAUUCAGAAAUCAAUCUUAUUUCCCUGGGACAGCUUUAGUGGCGAACAGCAGUGUUAAUGUAAUUAGGUUUGAAGGUUAAUUCUUUGUUUGCAUGUGUGACAGGAGAUCACAGCUCUUCAUUGUCGAGUUGUGUGACAGCUGCAGAACAGCACUACUGCUCCGUAUCCCCACUACUGUUCUCCAGCACGGGCAGCUGUGGGGCAGCUUGAGGCUUAUUCUGGGAACUGCUCGUCUUUGCAUAUGUGAGCCUUAUUCAUACAAGGGACAGAAGUUGCUUUAUAGCCACAAAUUCAAGUGUAGCCUUAGACUGAAGACUUUGGCUGCAAUCUGGAUUCAGACAUCCUUCUGGUCUGUGUGAGCUCUUGCAGCAGGCAGAAAGCUAUGGGUCACACCCCUGCUGGCUCCAGGUGCUGGGUCACUUUGUGUCCUAGAGGAUAUGGGAGAGCCCUAAUUCCUGGUAUGUUUGUCAUAAUGACACAAGUCUUUUCUCUAGGCAUGCAUGCCUUGUAUUUGCCUCAAACUAAUUCCUUGUCAAUUCAUUCAGAUCUAAGCAAUCCGAAGUAUUACUUUAUAGAGAGACAAGGAAGCAAAUCAGCACUUGGGCUCUCCUUUCUUAGGUCUUUACUGGGCCUCUUCUCAUCUCACCUGCGCUAGUAAAACUGAAGCACAAUUGUGUUAAGAGUCAGGAGAGUUACAGCAGUGUAACCUUCCCAUAGCGAGGAAAAGGAAAAUUCAUCCACCUGCCUUUUUUCCUUUUUUUGGUAUUUACUGUGCUGUUAUAUUGUAGCAAAAUAUUCUCCUCUUACAUAUUUGAUAUCCCCUCAUUUUGCAUAAGGGCCACACACAGGGCUAUUGCUGAACAUCUGCUGACUUUGAUUCGGUCUUGGAGUACCCACUGCCAUAAAACAUAGCUUCUGAAACAUGCAGGUACAUAAAACAGUAAGUGGUAACAAGCAAUGUCAUGAUCCUCUGGCAUUGAAGCAAGCUAAGUGAGAGUUGCAGAUAAUGUACAGAAAAGGAUGAAAGAUAUAGAGGCUGAAAACUGGGAGUGAUGCUGGAAAUAAUGCUCACCAAGUCUCAUGCUUGCUCACAGGAUAGGCUCAGUCCGUCUUGAAGUAUGGGAGAUUUAAAUUUUUUUUUUUCAUUUGUCUCGAUACUAUGGUAUGUCUUAAAAUGGGGACUAUUAUCUGUGGCAUGGAAUUCAAAUGUGAUGACAGCUGAAGAAUACAGACUCUUUUACAAACAUUACCUUUUAUAAAUGUUUGUGAUUUUGUUGCAUCUUUCUUAUGAACUAAAAAUAAUUGUAAAAACAAAGGGUAUAUACAUACAGAGAAGUAUAUAUGCAAGCAGUCUGAGACAGUCCCCACACACAUUAUUGUGGGGAGGUAGCAUAGGUGUUCACAAAUGGUAACACCACCACUCCCCCUUCCUCCUCCAAGGAGUGCCUACAAAACCUUUCUCCUUGCAUUCACUGGGAUGAAGGUGACUCACGUCACACUACAGAGAAAAUUUAUGCUUGAAACACUUUUAAGGCCUGCUUUAAAAAGUUCUUUCUUCCCCACCUUCUUCAGUCUACAAAGCCAAUUGCUGCAGCUCCCAUCUAGAGGCCUGUAAUAGUAUUCCAAAUGAACUACUCUAUAUUUCAGGGUGUCAUGAAUUUAAGGCAAGAUAUUUUACAAUCUCAGCUGUUAAAUACAAUAAAUUCUGCAUAUGUGUGAGGAAUACAGCAUAGUUACAUCAAGUGAGAACCUGGACUCUUGGUGGUCUAUGAGAUCAAGCUUUCUGUCUAGUCCUAAUAGCUUUAAAAUUAUAACUUGAAGCUUCUUCACUGCAGAAGGAAAUUCCAUUCUUAUAAAACAGAGGCUGAAUGACCCUCUGAUGCCAGUUCAUAUGAUGGGAGGGAUGGUUGCACAGCAUCAGGGAUACACCAGCUCGCUGCAGAGAUCAAAGCAUUGGUGUUGUUAAACACUGAUAGGAGUGGAUGAUGACCAUAUGGAGAGGCACUUUUUCUCAAUUCCAUGGAUGGGUGGCAUACCUUGCUUAAUCCUGAUGUCCUCAUGGUCUUUGAUUUGUUACUCCACAGGCUUUUGCAUUGGCAACACACAGCAGUUUCUGAAGAUACAAGGCAGGACAUUGCUAGCUAUCAUAAGAUUUGAAACAGGUUUCCAAAUAACUAUAGCAAACAAAACUGUGAAUGAUUUGUCAGUGCAAAGUUAAUAAUCUCUCUCUCUCUCUCACAUUUAUUGUGUGCUCAUCCCAGGGUUAUCAGAGUUUCCAUACCUGCUCUUGGAAAUAAUAAACCAUUUUAUUAUUGUCUUUAUCUUUCUUCUUUCUCCUUCUCAAGCAACCUUUCAAAAAAAAAAAAAAAAAAGAAAAAAGAAAAAAAAAGAAAAAUCUGUUUUCCCUGAAAACAUAGCACUCUUUUACUAACCCAGUUGUCAAUAUGGAUUUUGCCACCAACUUCACAAACAGCAAUCUCAUGCUCACUUAUGCAACAUUUUGAAGCUCACAAAGGGCAUGACGAUUCUGCAAAGAAUGGAGGUACUGAAAGUGAAAUAGUAGCAUUCAGCCAUAAUAUUUCAAACUACCUUCAAAUGCUCCUGGACAGGAAAUAAAACACAACCCAAACCAUUUUACUUUGAGUGGUCCUACUUAAGUAUUGAGCGAACUUUUUAAUAAUGGUAAUAAAUUGGUGCUUGAGGCAGUUUCAGCUAUAUUACAUAUUCUCUAUAUAAUAUAGAUAUGGAUGUAUUCACCCUCUAUAUUGUAUAUGUAUGUGUGUGAGUAUUUACGUGUAGCACACAUACAUAUAUGUUUUAUGUAUGCAUAGAUACUAACUUUUCUACGUUUUACUUCUUUCCCUCCCAUAGCUGAAACUGCUGGUUACUAACAUCCACAUCAUAUUCUAUGUAUGAAGGAUAUAAUUUAUUUGUAAACUCAGGAUGUUCUUGUUUUAUAGAGUUGCUUGUAUUUUAUAAUUUAUUUACACAUGAUGGUUGGAAAUGCUUAUCUAAGUGCUAUGCAUUGCAGUCUAUGUUUGCUAAAUCCAUUUCACUCUGUCUGUGGCUAUGUUCUUUCUCAUUUUAACAGUGGUAUAAAAUAGGGCUAAGGAGGAGAGAAACUGAUAGAUAUAGAACUUAUGCUGGUCCCACCAGUGGGCAAUUCCAGAAGAGGCUGUAUCAGUGGUAGAUAUAUAUAUUUUAUCAACUAAAUUUUAUGGGGAAAAAAAAGAAAGAACAGCAUGAGGAUAAGUUGAAAAUGUGGAAAGUCACAGCCAUUUUCAAGUUGGUCAACAAAUGCAUUGAGCCUUUUGCCAUUAAAAUUGUAAAGUUUAUUGUUUGCUGGCUAAAAAAUAUCCUUUUUGUGGUAUCUGAGGUGUGAAACAUUGUCAAAAAUAUGAUGUCUGGAAAAAAAAAUCAAACUAUAGUGGCAUUAAAUGUUUACUUUUAUCUUACCAAUA